UAGGGGUGUACUGAGGGUCCCCAUUAUUAGGGGUGUACUGAGGGUCCCAAUUAUUAAGGGUGUACUGAGGGUCCUGAUUAUUAAGGGUGUACUGAGGGUCCCCAUUAUUAGGGGUGUACUGAGGGUCCUGAUUAUUAAGGGUGUACUGAGGGUCCCCAUUAUUAGGGGUGUACUGAGGGUCCCCAUUAUUAGGGGUGCAGUCACAGGAGUUUGUUGCUCUUCCAUUAGGGGUGUACUGAGGGUCCCCAUUACUACACUAGGAUUGGGGGGUGCCGCUCAGUUAGGGGGAGCGUACAUUAGACUAGUGAUGAGGAUUUCGGGUUUCUAGUGCAGACAGUUUGGGGUCAGAGCACAGGGCACAGCGGGCGCUGACUCCUCAGGGUCACCCGUCUGGGGUGGGCUCCGGGGCUGCUUGGGGCCACAAUGGAGGAUCAGACUGAGCACAGUCCCGGAGCCCCCAGUGAUGCGGAUAAUGGGGUCUCCCCGCCGCCCCCGCACCGGACCACAAACUUUUUCAUAGACAAUAUUCUACGGCCGGAUUUCGGCUGCCGGAAAGAGACCCCCGGGCGAGAGAACGUGAACCCCCUGCACACCCGGCAGGGUAACCCCGCGCCCAGCCCGGACUCGGACUCCACCUCAGAGAGCUCCAGGGGAAGCGACCCCAACCCCGCACUCCUGCUGGUGGGCAACACGGGCAACAUGGCCAACAAGAGUGACCCGCUGGUGUGGCCCGCAUGGGUGUACUGCACCCGCUACUCCGACCGCCCGUCCUCAGGUCCCCGCACUCGGAAGCUGAAGAAGAAGAAGAGCGAGAAGGAGGACAAGCGGCCCCGCACGGCCUUCACCGCGGAGCAGCUGCAGAGGCUGAAGGCGGAGUUCCAGGCCAAUCGCUACAUCACGGAGCAGCGGCGCCAGACCUUGGCCCAAGAGCUCAACCUCAACGAGUCCCAGAUCAAGAUCUGGUUCCAGAACAAGCGGGCCAAGAUCAAGAAGGCGACCGGCCUGAAGAAUGGACUAGCGCUGCACCUGAUGGCCCAGGGCCUGUACAACCACUCCACCACCACCGUGCAGGACAAGGAGGACAGCGACUAGAGGGGAGGGUGCGGCACAGUGUGUCAGAGACCUGCACCACCACCGUGCAGGACAAGGAGGACAGCGACUAGAGGGGAGGGUGCGGCACAGUGUGUCAGAGACCUGCACCACCACCGUGCAGGACAAGGAGGACAGCGACUAGAGGGGAGGGUGCGGCACAGUGUGUCAGAGACCUGCACCACCACCGUGCAGGACAAGGAGGACAGCGACUAGAGGGGAGGGUGCGGCACAGUGUGUCAGAGACCUGCACCACCACCGUGCAGGACAAGGAGGACAGCGACUAGAGGGGAGGGUGCGGCACAGUGUGUCAGAGACCUGCACCACCACCGUGCAGGACAAGGAGGACAGAGACUAGAGGGGAGGGUGCGGCACAGUGUGUCAGAGACCUGCACCACCACCGUGCAGGACAGAGACUAGAGGGGAGGGUGCGGCACAGUGUGUCAGAGACCUGUACAGACUGA